UUGGCCCCCAAUUGGUACCACUUUGCCCUGGUGAAUCGGGUGAUGCUGUCCAGGUGCUAGCCUAUCACAGUCCGGUCACAGUAUGUGAGCGCAUUGCCAGGCAUACAGAAGCGCGGUAGCGGCGAAUGCAGGCGGACGGCAGUGCAAGGGCCUUGCGUUUUUCAUCCUGCCUGUGCUUUGCUUACGCAGUGCAAGACCACACUCGCCAUGACCAGCUCCGCAAUGUCGUUUGGUAGCGUCUUCGUGUCUCUGAUCGUGGCAUUCAUAGUAUUCGGCAUGACUAUAUGCCAAUUCUGCUUAUAUCGACGCAGUUUUCCUGAUGACGUGACGCGCAUGAAAGCUGUAGUCUACGCUGUGAUGAUGCUGGAUAUCGCACAUACGAUUGUAUGCGUUGCGAUGUUAUAUACGUACCUGGUUCGUUGGCACGGCCUGGAGACGAACCUCGCCUUGCUUCACUGGACCGCUGCAAGCUCGAUCGUAACCAUAGUGCAAUGCUCUUAUGUCUACAGAAUAUGGAUCCUCAGCGAGAGGUCCUUUAAAGUGUUGUUGAUCCCUAUCUUACUGACUGUCGUCCGUAUAAUCGUUGGCUACGUUACGGCAGUGGCUAUGUUCACCUUGCACGUCUGGCCACAAUAUCGCAAGAAUCACGUCGCGACGGUCGUAUUGUCUGUGGGACUUGCAUCCUCGGCUGCGAAUGAUAUAGUCAUUACUGCAAGUCAAGUAUACUAUCUUCACCGAAGGCGAACUGGACUUCGGGGGACGGGAUAUAUCAUCCGGACUGUUAUGUUCUACGCGAUAAACUUGGGAGCUAUGACAAUGUUGUUCUCGAUAGCUGUGCUGUUGACGUUCGUUCUUGAUCAGAGCUCCCUCUUAUUUGGCGGUCUCAUCGAACUGCAAAGCAAGUUAUUCGCAAAUUCGCUGCUUAUCAACAUCAAUGCGCGACGAACUCUUCGUAUAAAUCAACCAAGCGCUGUCGACAUCGAUCCUCCUAAUCUCGAGGACAUCGUAUCAGCCCAGACAGACUUGUUACCUGCAGGGCGAAACCAGGCAUCGUCGAGUCAGCGCGGUCCGAAGUACGAGCACUCGCAACGCGAAUCCGGGCUAGCCACGCUUCAAUCCAAUCAGUCUUUCUCGGUGGAGCUGGAUGUAUGAUGCUAAAUGCUGGCAUGUUUGGCGCUGAAGAACCUUCUCUGUAAGUAUCAACUUAUCACAAACAAGAUCCGGGAUAGAAAUUCAUCGAAGGCAGACUGGAUACCUGAGUAGCGCUGUGAUGUGACGGAGGCUAUUGCUGUAAAGAAGCGAUGAUCGUACACGACAGAUUGGGUGUCUUGUUCAGCGCGCUGGCUGUAUGUGGCAAUCAAUAUCCCUCGCAGCGUACUGAGCAGUAUACGAAGUAUUCUGCU